UUCUUUUCACCCCUUUCACAUUCACAACUCUCUCUCACCAUUCACUUUGAAUUUGACCCGUUGCCAGCCACCGGCAACUCUUUUCUUUCUACUCCAUUGCCUACCCCACCUUGCACUCUCUAGAGGAUCUUCAUCUUCUAAAUCUAAACCUCUCUUUUUUUCUUUCUUACCACAAAUACAAAUAUUAAAUAAAUAUCUAAUAACCUUUCCUAUCCUUUCUUUCCUCUCUCACUCUCAUGCUUCCUUUUCAUGAGAUGAAACCCUAAUUCUAAAACACACCCCAUUCUUGGUUUUUUUGUAAUUUACCUCUCAAGGCUUUUCAACCUUUUUCCUCUCUUUCCCAUCAUCAACUUCUUCCCUAGCCAGUUUUAUUAUAUCAUAACUAAGAUCUAUUUCCCUAUCUAUGUUUUUUUUUUCUCUUCUUUUGAUAGAAAAAAAAAACUUUUUCUCCUUAACUGAAAGACAGGCUAGGAAAAGAUUUCCUUCCAUUGCAGAUCACUAGAUCAGUGAUUCCAUCAAAAAGACAUCACACUCUUUACAAAAGGGUGUUCUUACAAUUUGAAAGCAAAAAAAUAUUCAUAGCUUCUUUAUCAAACUCUGCAACACCACCGCUGCAUAAGUUCCUCUCUCAUCACUUCAAUAACCUUUUCCUAUUUUCAAUUCCUUUUUACCACUUUUUCUAAACUUUCUUUUUUUCUACUUUUGCUUAAUUUACAAGCUAUGGAUUCUGGCAAUAGUGGAAGUAUUUCUUCAAGUGGUGAUGAAGAAUAUGAUUCAAGAACUAAUCAUCAAUAUCAUCAAACACUUCUCCCUUCAACUUUCCUCAAUCAACAACAACAACCCACUCUUCAAUUUGGUUCCAUAUUCUCACACAAUCCACAACAAUCUUCCCUUAUUUCCUCGUCAUUUCAUCACCAUCACAACCCUUCUUUGUUUGAUCUUUCACCAAACUACCUCCACUCUCUCUCUCAAUCUCAACCAAACAUAAACCCCUUUCAAAAUUUAAACACCACAACAUCUCAAGGAGUACUUUCAUCAUCAUCACAACAACACAUAAACCAUACUUUGUUAACUCCUCAAAUACUUCAUGAUGAUGAUAACAAUAACAAUGUAAGAACAACAACAACAACAUCAACAACAAAUGUAGCAAGAAACUCAAAGAAGAGAACAAGAGCUUCGAGAAGAGCACCAACAACUGUUCUCACAACCGAUACUUCAAAUUUCAGAUCCAUGGUUCAAGAAUUUACUGGUAUCCCUGCACCACCUUUUUCUAGUUCUUCUUACUCUCGCAGACUUGAUCUUCUCACUGCUUCAUCUUCUUUAAGAUCAACUUCUUCUUCUUCUUCUUCUUCUUCUCACUUUGAUACAUCAUCUUCUUUCUACCCUCUUCGUCCAUCACCACAAAAACAUGAUCAUCAUCAUCAUCUAAAUCCAUUGCUUUUAUCUUCAACAUCACCACCUUCUUCUUCCACCUUGUUGCAUAACAACAAUAUACAUAAUUAUCAACUACCAUGUGAUUUGGGUUUACCUAAUUAUAAUCAACAUAACUUCAUGCUUAGUAUGCAAAAUCAACCUAUUCACACAUUCCAUCCUUCUUCAUCUUCACAACAAUUUCAUCCUCCUUUUAACAACAUAGAAAGGUUUAGUUCAAAGUCACAACAACAAGCUGCAAGUUUAUCUGUUCAAUCUCUUGAAGAUCUUGGUGUGAAUCAAGGACAAGUUAAUGCUAAUCUAGAUGAUAAUGAUGGUGAUGGAAGUAGAAGAGAUGUGUUAAGGUGUUUGAAUGAAAGUUAUGGUGGUAAAAUUGUUGGUUCUUCUUCUUCUUCAGGUGGUGGUGGUGGUAAGGUUAAUUUUUCAGGUUCUGCAUCAACCACGUUGAAUCAUGACAAGACAUUGGAGAAUAAUAAUAAUAAUAAUAACAACAAUAAUAAUAGAGGAGAAGGUGAUGUUGGUUCGUGGAUUUGUUCUUCUGAUUAGGAAUCUUAAUUGUGUGAGAUGAUGAUGAGACUAAACAGGUACAAGAAACUUGUUAUCAUUACAUGGUGGAAUAGAAUAUGAUGCUGCAAUGAAUAUUAAGAUCAUGAUCAUCAUGAUGAUGUUGAUUAUAGUGGGUUUGUUGGUGGUUACAAUUUGCAGCUAACAAUUUUUUUUAUCUUUAUU